GCUCGCUCGCUCGCGCUCCGCUGCUCCGGGACACCAUGGACAAGCUCUGGUGGCGCGCAGCCUGGGGACUCUGCCUCGUGCCGCUGAGCUUGGCGCAGAUCGAUUUGAACAUAACCUGCCGAUAUGCCGGUGUGUACCACGUGGAGAAAAAUGGCCGAUACAGCAUCUCGCUGACGGAGGCUGCUGACCUCUGUAAGGCUUUCAAUAGCACCCUGCCGACCAUGGAACAGAUGGAGAAAGCCCGGAGCAUCGGGUUUGAGACCUGCAGGUAUGGGUUCAUACAAGGGCACGUAGUGAUCCCACGCAUCAACCCCAACUCCAUUUGUGCCGCCAACAACACUGGAGUCUACAUCCUCACGUCCAACACCUCCCAGUACGACACGUACUGCUUCAAUGCUUCAGCUCCAGAGGAUGAGGAAGACUGCACUUCCGUCACCGACCUGCCCAACUCCUUUGACGGAGUCAUCACCAUCACUAUUGUUAACCGUGACGGCACCCGCUACACCAAGAAGGGAGAGUACAGGACCAACCCUGAAGACAUCAAUCCCAGCAACCCCAGCGACGACGACGUCAGCAGUGGCUCAUCCAUCGACCGGAGCACUUCAGUUUCCAAUAUCUUCUACAUGAGUUUUCCCACCAAAGACCCGACUCCAGACCUCACCAGUCGUUGGGGCCCUGACACCACUGACAGCGCGCCGGCUACCAUUCCCUCAACCGCACGCUUACACAGCCAUGCAACCACCAAGGAGCAAAGCAGUCAGCUGUGGUCCUGGUUUGGUAAUUCACAGCCUGGGACUCAGGAUGUCGCCACGGCAGCAACGACAGGUACGGAUUCAGAUACCAGGUCCGCAGGCCCGGAGCCACAUGAGGAAAAUGAAGAUGAAAGAGACAACCCCCCCAGUUUUUCUGGAUCAGGCAUUGAUGAUGAUGAAGAUUUUAUCUCCAACACCAUUUCAACCACAUCACGGCUGUCUCACUAUACAAGACACGAGGACUGGAAUCCAUGGGACUCGGGCCUUUCACAACUCCAGACAACUACACCGAUGACUGAUCUGGACAGAAGUGGCAUCAGUGCUCACGGAGAAAACUCGACCCAGGGACCGCAGCCUCCCCUCCUUCACCCUGAGCAUCAUGGCGACGUGGAGAGCCAGCAUUCUACCAGCACAAUCCUGACGACCCCUAGGAGUGUAGCUGAGGAAACAGCUAUGCAGAAGGAGCCGUGGUUUGGGGAUGGCUGGCCUGGGGAACAUUCCCAAACACCCAAAGAAGACUCCCAUUCGACAACAGGAGCACCCGUCACGACAGCCUCAGCCCACGACAGCCACACAAAUCAAAGAGUGACAACAUCUAAUCCAGAGGACAGCAGCUCCUGGAUGGAUUUCUUGGACCCAAUCUCACAUCCGAUGGGGCGAGGUCAUCAAACAGGAAGAACCACGGAUAUGGAAUCCAGUCAUAGUCCAACGCUUCAGCCUACUGAAGAUCCAGACAGUGGUUUGGUGGAUGACUUGGACAGAGCAGGACCUCUGUCAAUGACAACGCAGGAGAGCCAUUCUCACAGCUUCUCGACAGAACAUGGAGGCGUGGAAGAAGCUCAGGACCACCCAACAGCUCCUGCAGCAGCAUCCAGCACUAGCAAUGAUGACAGAGGUGGGGCGAGAGGUGAAAAUCUUCCUGAAGACUCAGCUCCGUCAGUAGAAAGUUAUACUCCUCGUUCCCCAGACCCAGAGGCAAACAGGACGCUCACCUCAGUCACCCCUGCUAUGACCCAGCCCCCUGGAGUUAACGAAGUUGCUGUUAUUGGAGAUUCCAACUCUGAUGUAGGACAUUUACUUCCAGAACACCGAGACGAGGGAACUGGUGGUAGGUCCCAUACCACUCAUGGAUCAGAGUCAGAUGGACAAUCCAGUGGGAAUCAAGGAGAUGACACCAGCACCACCCUCCCUCCUGUGAGGAAAGCACAAAUUCCAGAGUGGCUCAUCAUCUUGGCAUCCCUCUUGGCCCUGGCUUUGAUUCUCGCCGUCUGCAUCGCUGUCAAUAGUCGAAGAAGAUGUGGACAGAAGAAGAAACUGGUGAUCAACGGCAAUGGCGCGGUGGAGAACAGAAAGCCGAGUGAACUAAAUGGAGAAGCCAGCAAGUCUCAGGAAAUGGUGCAUUUGGUGAACAAGGAGCCCUCAGCGACCCCAGACCAGUGCAUGACAGCCGAUGAGACGCGGAACCUGCAGAAUGUGGACAUGAAGAUUGGCGUGUAACCCUUGCCCAGCAACCUGGGAAAGAAACAACAGAGAGACCACCGUUAGUGGGAACUGGGACUGACAAGUAACAGAUGUAAUGUGCUACUGAUUGUUUCAUUGGGGAUCAUUUUUUUAGCAUAACAUUUUCUACUUUUUUGCGUGUGGGAUUUUUUGUGAUUUUUUUUUUAAGUCAAAUUCAAUUUAGAAAAUCAGCAUUGCUUUCUGAAAUGAGAGUCCAAAGAAUAAUUGACAUGAGUUUGAAUAUUCCAGUUCCCAACUAGAGGCCUCUCACCUAUGGGGGUGAGCUGUGGAUGGCUUGUAACAAAAGUCACAAAUACAUCUUCCCGAUUCCCAAACUUCCCUCCCGCCACCUCCUGGGUAGCAGCUACCUGAGCAUUCCCCAGAACAAAGAGGGACUGGUCGCUUGGGGGAAAUUUGAAUGGGUCCAUAAUGCCCUUCUACCAACCCAAUCCCUGGACAUUGCUUUCCCAUGCGGUAGGGGAUAGGGAUGUACUGGUUAUACAUCCCUGUCGCAGACCCACCCACCCACCCCCCGUGGACAAAUUUCAGAUGCUUCUGGGAGACACACAAAGGGUGAAGCUAUUUAUCUGUAGUAAGCUAUUUAUCUGUGUUUUUGAAAUAUCAAACCCUGGAGGUCCUUUGAUCUGUAUGUUUUUUUUUUAAUUACUUUGUCAGAAGCAUAAAAGGGCUUAAGCUGAUGCAUAAUAAACAUCUGUACUUCUGCCACCUUUA